AACAGAAACCCUAACCCUAACUAAUUUUCCCCGGCAUCCCAGUCCUUCAAGCUCCAACGAUGGCGGAAACCCUAGAAGAACCCCCAACCCUCCUCUCCACCAUCGGCGAGGAGAUCAUCCGCAUCAUUGCUCCCGUCUCCGCUUGCAUGCUCCUCGUCGUCCUCCUCGUCUCCAUCCUCUCCUCCCCCUCUUCCUCCUCCUCCGACUCCCCCCUUCCCACCAUCGUCUUCUCCGACGACUCCGCCACCACCACCUCCUCCCUAUGGGACAAGCUCAAAGAUGCCAUCUUGAGCUCCAUCGCCUUCGUCGCCACCGUCACCAUCCUCACAUUCCUUCUCGUCCUCCUCUUCUACUUCCGAUGCACCGGCUUCCUCAAAUACUACAUGGCCUUCUCCUCCUUCAUCGUCCUGGCGUUUCUCGGCGGCGAGGUCACCCUUUUCCUCAUCGACAAGUUCUCAUUCCCCAUCGAUUCCGUUACCUUCUUCAUCUUGCUCCUCAAUUUCUCCGUUGUCGGCGUCAUCGCCAUCUUCAUGUCCAGAAUGGCCAUCAUCAUCACCCAAUCUUAUCUUGUUUUCAUCGGAGUAUUGGUUGCCUAUUGGUUUACUAUGCUUCCGGAGUGGACCACUUGGGCUCUACUGAUCUCAAUGGCAUUGUAUGAUCUCGCUGCCGUGCUGUUGCCUGGUGGCCCAUUGAGGUUGCUUGUGGAGCUGGCGAUUUCAAGGAAUGAGGAGAUUCCGGCACUGGUGUAUGAAGCCCGGCCAGUGGAUCACCACACAGUCUCAAGCAGGGGACUUUGGAGGAGUUCUGCACUGAAUUCUAACGGUGAUUCAAUCAGAGAGACAUUGCCGGAAAGCAGAGUGGUUGUGGCAGAGGACACUGGGAAUUCUUCAGAGGUGACUGCACCAUUGAUAAGCUCUGUGAUGUCGGAACAUCGAGGAGAAGAUAAUAGUAUGGAUGGAAUUGGUUUGGGUGCAUCGGGGGCGAUCAAACUUGGAUUGGGGGACUUCAUCUUUUACAGUGUGCUCGUCGGGAGGGCGGCAUUGUAUGACUUCAUGACGGUAUAUGCUUGCUACCUUGCUAUUAUUGCUGGUCUUGGUAUUACUUUGUUGCUAUUGGCUUUUUACCGAAGGGCAUUGCCCGCCCUUCCCGUUUCAAUCUUGCUUGGCGUAUUGUUUUAUGUCUUGACAAGGCUUCUAUUGGAAUCGUUUGUGGUUCAGUGUUCGACCAAUUUAUUGAUGUUUUAGAAUGCAUGAAUUCUUCAUUCUGUGGAAGCUUUUGGUUUUUCCCUGUAUUCUAUUGCUAUUUGUUGUAUGAAUUGUUCAUCUUACAUUGCAAUGCUUGAUGAUUAAUGACAAAAAUUUAACUGGCUGUCGAUUGCUUUAAUCAUAUGACUCUUUCUAUUGCUUGUUGGAUAGUCUUCUUUCCAAGCUGUAAAGAAGCAAAUUUCUUCUUGUUUUCAUUUUAUGUUUCUCUGGAGGCAUCUUUUGAGGUUAAGAUGUUCAUAUCAAUUAGUACCCCUUUUUUCUUAUAUUUCAUUAGCUACUCUGCCAUUGAGCCUCAUUUUCCAUAGUGGGCAAGUAGUUAUUAACUGGGAAUUAGUUGCGUCACACCAAAAUUCUUAGAUUUUGUGGGGAGAAAAAUAGGAUAUAAAAAUUUAUAUCUAUUUCUUGCAUUUGGUUCUAUUUGCAUUCAUUCUACUAGGUCGAAGGCUCUGUUGAUAUAACCAGCUCUGUUGAGAAGGCCCGUCCACAAUGCAGGCAUAGUGUAGUAACUGGGGCUCUAUUCCGGACUCUCUUAUCAAAUCAUAGUAUUACAGUGCUUCCUUUACUAGCCCUGUGUGAAUGCAAGCAGAUAGAAUGCUCAAGAAGGAAUGAUUGACCUCCAGGACACCACACUCUUUUCCUGCAGAUUAUCAAUGACUCUUCGAGCAUUUUGCAUGCUUCUUAAUUAGAGUCGUAUUGAGGUAUGUAUUGGUUGGUACACCACAGAUGAUACUCUCGUGACAAACCCGUCUUCCUGUCAUUGAAGAAGCACAACGGGAGCAUGCCUGAAUUGCAGGAAAAAAAAGUGAGGCGAUCGACUUCAAGACACUGGAAAUUAACCUGAAUCAUGAAGUUGUAUUGCUGCUGCUGCUGCUGCUGCUGCUGCUUUACCAUCAUGUCCUCAUGCCUGAAAAUUGCAUUCCAUGCAACAAUGGCCUUUGAUUCAAGCUCUGCAAAUAUCUUGUAAGCAUUAUCAGUUGAUCCAUAUUUACAGUACAUAUCUAUAAGACAAUUUUGCACAAAAUCAGAGAGUUUGAAAUCCGGUUCAGAAUAUAUGCAUAUGCAUGCAUGCAAGCAGAGUAAUCCGUUAAGUGACUGA